AUGGACGGUUCCAUGGAACUCUUCUCUUCUCCUUCGUUACACAUCUCUAACUGUGUUACAAUCAAACUCACAGAAGAAAACUAUAUCAUAUGGAAAUCUCAGUUCGAGUUUUUUCUCCGCAGUCAAGCCCUACUUGGGUUUGCAAACGGCGCCACCAAGCCACCACAAGAAACGAUUCGUGUCCGAAACAAAAAUGAUAACAAGACGGAAGAGGUUUCAAAUCCAGACUUUGAAAACUGGUCUCGAGUAGAUCAAGUGGUUAAAGCCUGGUUACAUGGUUCGAUGAGUGAAAAUGUAAUGAGGCUGGUAGUCAGAUCUAUAACUUCUCAUGAGGUAUGGAUCACUCUAAUCUCUCACUUUAACCGCACAUCGUCUUCUAGGUUGUUCGAGUUGCAAAGACGUCUUCAAAAUAGUGAGAAGUUAGAUAAAAGCAUGUCUAAGUAUCUUAGAGAAAUUAAAGAUAUUUGUGACCAGCUUGCUUCUAUCGAUGACCCUGUUAGUGAAAAGAUGAAGAUUUUUGCAGCUUUAAGAGGUUUAGGUAGAGAGUAUGAGCCAAUCAUAACUGUUGUUGAGGACUCCAUGGAUAGAGUUCCUGAACCUACUUAUGAAACUGUUGUCUCUCGCUUAACUGGAUACGAGGACCGUAUUCAACAAUACUCUGUUUCAACCGAAGUGUCUCCUCACUUAGCCUUCAACACGAUGAGAAAUGCUGGCUCUCAAUACAGAGGAAGAGGUAACAGAGGCAGAUGUCGAGGAAACUACUCUACUAGAGGUCGUGGAUUUCACCAACAGUUCACUACGGCUCAACCAUCUAGCUCUUCCGUUACAUCAGCUGAGAAACCAAACUGUCAAAUAUGUGGAAAACGAGGACACAAUGCAUUUGAAUGCUGGUAUCGGUUUGAUGAAGAGUAUCAGCAACCUGCUCAACCUGCUAUCAAUGCUGUUGCGUUCUCUGCACUCCACAUCACUGAUGUCACCGAGGACAAUAGCUGGUAUCCAGACUCUGCCGCAACAGCGCACAUCACUAGCUCGACUCAACGCCUGUAA